UUUUGUCUUUCUUUCGGGAAGCGUGCACUUGCGCUACGGUAAAUUCGAUUUGAAUGAAUUAAACGAAUCAAAUAACAAAUAAAUAACAAAUGCAAAACACUUUGCAAGCCAAGCAAAAACCCAGUGUGUAAGUGAGUGAGUGCAAUAGCGAAACAUCAAAAGAUCUGCGCGCGCAAUAUACAGCAAAGUAAAGAAGGCAAACAACAACUAAAAAAAAACACGGUUCAGAAACAGAGCAAACCAAUUUCUAUAUACGAAAUCCAUCAUAAAACCACAAAAAUCUCCUCAAACAUCGCGUGAGUGCCUGUGUGUGUGUUUGUGCGCGCGCGUGUAUGUGUGUUUGCCAGCGAUCCGUCGGCCUUUUUUCGGUUUGUUUCUUUUCGCGUCUUAUAAGCCGAGCUAAACCGAGUCCCCGAUUUCUUCUUGAGUUGUUCCUUUCGGUUUUUCGUUUGUCUUUGUGCCCGGCACGUAAUCCCUCUCUCUCUCCCCCUAAUCAACCUGCUGAUCCCACCGGAGGGUUAAAACACACACGUAUAUACAUAUAUACGUACGGUGAGAUAUAGAGAGAGAACGAGCGAGAGAUAGUCAUCGGUGCUGCGGAGUCCAUCAAGAUUGUGCGCCUAAUUUGAAGCUGUAAUUAAUUUGGAUACCCUAAUAAAAAGCCAACCGAAAGACGGUCUUUAGAAUCCAGAACCCACAAACCAAAAAUCAAGAGCCCAGUAGCCCCCGCCUUCUUGUUCACGAAGGGGCGCUAUUUUAUUGCCCCGCACCGAUGCCUGCGCAAUAUGGAACUGGCGAUUUGUAAAACAGAUCUGUCUGCCACGAAAUUUAUGCUGCCGCCCGCUUUGCCCUCCUCAGCGGCCAUUGGUUCCUCGUCGGCGAUCGCCUCCACGGCCUCCCAUUUCCUGGACAAGGCGGCCCACGAGCUCUUCCAUCUGAACGCCAUCAACGGACACCUGUUCAAGUCGCCGGCCAGCAGCCAUCUCAAUUCGAUCGGCAGUCCGUCGAUACUUAGCCAACUGAACGGCAUUGGCAACAGCGGCAACCAUUCGGGCCAAGUUAGCACCAUGAGGCUCAAGAAGAACCGCAAAGUCACCUUUCUGUCCAGCCUAGUUGAGUCGAAGAAUAUUUUCAUCAAGGAGGAGCCGAUCCAUGGAUGCAAGGAUCUGUGCAGCUUGUCGGAUAUUUCAGAUCAUGAGGCCUCAUUAGAAGUUCCCAACGCCUUGCCACCCCUCACGCCGGGCACCAAUCGCAAGGUCAACGAGGUACUGAAGGCUUCCUUCUCCUCCUGGGAAAAAGAGGUCCAAAAAUGCAACAUAACCAAAGAUCCGCGUGAAUGGACGGAGGAGCAUGUCAUCUACUGGCUCAACUGGGCCAAAAAUGAGUUCUCAUUGGUCUCCAUGAACCUGGACCCCUUCUACAAGAUGAAGGGCCGCGCCAUGGUGGAUCUGGGCAAGGAGAAGUUCCUGGCCAUCACGCCGCCCUUCACCGGCGACAUACUGUGGGAGCACUUGGACAUCCUGCAAAAAGAUUGCGAGAAACCAAAUGAGGACAUUGUGCACGGCAAUUCCUUUGAGUCGGCCACCACGGCCUCGGUCUGUGGAUCGGACCACCAGGUGGCCAAUUACCCCACCGAGCCGCCCGCCAACAGCAACAACAGCAGCAUAAACAGCCGCCUGUCCAUGGAUUAUGUGACGUCGACGGGGAAUAGUGAUAAUAAAAACUUCCAUCGCGCCACGCCCCACUCCCACAACGGCUACAACACCAGCAACACACACGACCGCAUCAACAACAGCACGCCCCCGCAGCAGCAGCAAUCGCAGCAGCCGACUGUCAAUGGCAGCGGUAGCGCCAGCAGCAACAACAAUAACUCCAUGCUGCCGCCCGCUGUCCAGCAAAGCAACAACAGCAACAACGAAAACAACAACACCAGCAGCAGCAACACAAACAGCAGUAGCAACAACAACAACAGCGGUGGCAGCAACAAUGCGAAUGCGGGCAGCAAUAACAACAAUAAUAACAACAAUAAUAUUAACUUUAUGGCGGCGGCGAUCUUCCAACAUCACCUCAAAGAGGAGCCGGGCACCCAGAAUGGUAAUAUCGGUGGCUAUGGCGGCAGCAAUAGCCAGAACGAUCCCACGGAUCUCAGUAGUUAUGGAUUGCCCGCCCACCUGGCCGCCUACGGUGGCGGGAGUGGCAGUGGGCCAACCGGCGGCAGGAGCUCCGGAGGCGGUGGCGAUGAAAGCGAUUAUCACAGCACGAUCUCGGCGCAGGAUCACCAGAGUCAGCAAUCGAGUGGGGGAAAUGGCAGUGGUGGAGCCAGCGGCGGAAGCACCGGAAACAGCAACGGUUACAUGGACAGCAGCUCGGAGUUCUAUGGCAGUUACGCGGGCAGGGGUCGAUUCCACGAUGGUUAUCCGCCGGAAUUUACGCCCUACGAUGCCCAAUCCUUCCAGUCGAUGGGCCCCCAGUCCACGGCCAUGGAUCAGUGGGGAGCAGCCCAUGCCCACCAGCAUCCGGCAGCGUAUAUGAGCACCUUGGGUCUGGACAAGGGUCUGCUGGGUGGCUACACGACGCAGGGCGGAGUGCCCUGCUUCACAGGAUCGGGUCCCAUUCAACUGUGGCAAUUCCUGCUCGAGUUGCUGCUGGACAAGACGUGCCAGAGCUUCAUCUCGUGGACCGGCGAUGGCUGGGAGUUCAAGCUAACAGAUCCUGAUGAGGUGGCUCGUCGUUGGGGAAUCCGCAAGAACAAACCCAAGAUGAACUACGAGAAGCUGAGUCGCGGACUGCGCUACUAUUAUGACAAAAACAUCAUCCACAAGACGGCAGGCAAACGAUAUGUCUACCGCUUUGUCUGUGAUCUCCAGAAUCUAGUUGGACACACCCCCGAGGAGCUGGUGGCCAAGUACGAUCUUAAGAUUGAGAAAAAAGAUGUGGAUUAGCAGCGGAGCAGCGGAGAAGCUGCCUAAAAAUGGGAACAGCUCCAGGAGACCUGCUCCCAGCCACGGAUUGUACUCAACCAGCCGCAAAAUACUUUCGAGCGUUAUUGUUUACCAAGCGUGAUGUUAGCUUUUAAGCAGCAAUCCCCGAUCUGCGAUCUUGCAACGAGAUUAAAGUGUUGGCCAACUCCCAAAUCAAAUCCCCAAAGUCCUGACCCCCCCACAAAACACAAAGAAACAAAAAAAAAUACCCCACCCACCAACCUGUCAAACCGAU